AUGACCAUGAGUGGACAUCACUUUCUCCGGGGAAUUGUUUUUCUCCUCUUCAGUGUCCCAGUGGAUGUUCAAGAGAGUGCACAACUCCGCCUGGUGAACGGGGACAGUCACUGUGCUGGAAGAGUGGAGAUCUUUUACCAGAGCCAGUGGGGCACCAUCUGUGAUGACAACUGGGACAUAAAGGAUGCUCAUGUUGGACAAGUGGAGAUGAGUAUUUCUGGAGACUGGAAACCACUCUGUGCUUCCCACUGGAACAUGGCCAAUGCCAAUGUAGUCUGUCGUCAGCUCAACUGUGGAGUUGCCAUCUCUACCCCAACAGGAGCAUUCUUUGUGGAAGGAAGGGAUCAGAUCUGGAAACACCGAUUUCACUGCUCAGGGGCCGAGUCCUUUUUGUGGAAUUGCCCUAUGACUGCUCUGGGGAUUCCUGAGUGUACCCAAGGAAACACAGCGUCUGUGAUCUGCUCAGAAAACCAGACACAACUGCUGUCCCUGUGCAAUAACACCAUGUCUGACCCAGUCGCUUCUGCAGCCUCAGAGGACAGGGCUACCAACUGCUCAGAGAGCAGACAGCUCCACCUGGUAGAUGGGGGCAGUCACUGUGCUGGUAGAGUGGAGAUCCUUCACCAGGGCUCCUGGGGCACCAUCUGUGAUGACAACUGGGACCUGACUGAUGCCCACGUGGUGUGCAGACAGCUGGGCUGUGGAGUGGCCAUGAAUGCCACUGCUUCUGCGCAUUUUGGGGAAGGAACAGGACCCAUCUGGCUGGACGACCUGAAAUGCACGGGAGAGGAAUCUCAUGUUUGGAAGUGUCCUUCCCAGGGAUGGGGACAACACAACUGCAGGCACAAGGAGGACGCAGGGGUCAUCUGCUCAGACAAAGAGAAGCUCCGACUCAGGGGAGGAGACACCAUGUGCUCAGGCCGAGUGGAGAUUUGGCACAAUGGCUCCUGGGGCACAGUGUGUGACGACUCCUGGAGCCUGGCAGAGGCUGAAGUGGUGUGUCAGCAGCUGGGCUGUGGCUUUGCCCUGGAAGCCCUACAGAAGGCUGCAUUUGGCCCGGGAAAUGGGAGCAUCUGGCUGGAUGAGGUGCGGUGCAACGGCAGGGAGUCCUCCCUAUGGGCCUGUGCUGCACAGCCCUGGGGGCAGAGCAACUGCAAGCAUGAGGAGGACGCUGCAGUGAGGUGCUCUGGAUUUGUGCAUCUGGUUGGAGGAGAUGGACCCUGCUCAGGGAGACUGGAAGUGAAUCCAGGAGAACACUGGACCCCAGUGUCCGAUGUGAACUUCACAUUCCCCACUGCCCAGGUCAUCUGUGCAGAGCUGGGAUGUGGUAAGGCUACAUCAGUCUUGGGGGGUGUGCCCUUCAGAGAAGCCGAUGGACAAGUCUGGACUGAAAAGUUCCAGUGUGAAGGGCAGGAGCCUGUACUCUGGUCCUGCCCCAGAGUUCCCUGUCCUGGAGGGACUUGUCCCCACAGUGGGGCAGUCCAUAUCAUCUGUUCAGAGUACACAGAAGUCCGGCUCAUGAAAAAUGGCAGCUCUCGGUGUGAGGGACAAGUGGAGAUGAGUAUUUCUGGAGACUGGAAACCACUCUGUGCUUCCCACUGGAACAUGGCCAAUGCCAAUGUAGUCUGUCGUCAGCUCAACUGUGGAGUUGCCAUCUCUACCCCAACAGGAGCAUUCUUUGUGGAAGGAAGGGAUCAGAUCUGGAAACACCGAUUUCACUGCUCAGGGGCCGAGUCCUUUUUGUGGAAUUGCCCUAUGACAGCCCUGGGGAUUCCUGAGUGUACCCAAGGGAACACAGCGUCUGUGAUCUGCUCAGAAAACCAGACACAACUGCUGUCCCUGUGCAAUGACACUAUGUCUGACCCAGUCGCUUCUGCAGCCUCAGAGGACAGGGCUACCAACUGCUCAGAGAGCAGACAGCUCCGCCUGGUAGAUGGGGGCAGUCGCUGUGCUGGUAGAGUGGAGAUCCUUCACCAGGGCUCCUGGGGCACCAUCUGUGAUGACAACUGGGACCUGACUGAUGCCCACGUGGUGUGCAGACAGCUGGGCUGUGGAGUGGCCAUGAAUGCCACUGCUUCUGUGCAUUUUGGGGAAGGAACAGGACCCAUCUGGCUGGACGACCUGAAAUGCACGGGAGAGGAGUCUCACAUUUGGAAGUGUCCUUCCCGGGGAUGGGGACAACACAACUGCAGGCACAAGGAGGACGCAGGGGUCAUCUGCUCAGGUCUGCUCUCCCUGUGCCUAUCUUGGGGGAACAAGUAUGAAGCUACAGGAGGUGGAGUCUGGGCCCCUGCUGACCAUAAGCUGAAUGAACCAGAGCAGAAAGGGGGUUCCUACUAUGCUACUCUCUGCUUACAUAGCUGUGAGUGGUGGAUUUCUUUAAUCCAGUGUCAGAAAUAUGAUCUUACCCUGUGGCACUGUCUUUCUGAUCCCUGGAACAGCAGAUCAUGUUCUCUGGAAGAAGCAGCUUACAUCGAUUGUGAAGGAAAGAAACCCAAGAGCUGUCCCACUGCUGCCCCCUGCACAGACAAAGAGAAGCUCCGACUCAGGGGAGGAGACACCAUGUGCUCAGGCCGAGUGGAGAUUUGGCACAAUGGCUCCUGGGGCACAGUGUGUGACGACUCCUGGAGCCUGGCAGAGGCUGAAGUGGUGUGUCAGCAGCUGGGCUGUGGCUUUGCCCUGGAAGCCCUACAGAAGGCUGCAUUUGGCCCGGGAAAUGGGAGCAUCUGGCUGGAUGAGGUGCGGUGCAACGGCAGGGAGUCCUCCCUAUGGGCCUGUGCUGCACAGCCCUGGGGGCAGAGCAACUGCAAGCAUGAGGAGGACGCUGCAGUGAGGUGCUCUGCCCCUGUCUCUGACACCUUCUCCCUGCCUGUGGUCCUAUGUGUCAUCCUAGGAGCCCUUCUCUUCCUGGCCCUUGUCAUCUUAGCAACUCAGCUGCACAGAUGGAGAGCAGAGCACAAAGCCUUACCCGAUUUUGAAGGUGUUCUUGAUGAAGUUUUGUAUGAGGAUAUUGAUUACCUUGUAAAGCAAAAGGAAGACCUUCUGGACAGCUUAGACAACCUGUCUGAUGAUGCAAUGACUAAGCUGCCAUAUUACACAGGGGACUAUGAGGAGGAUAGAGAUCCUGAAUCUGCUCAAGAGCCUCCAGGAAAUCAUGUUGAUGCCACUGAAAAUGGCUAUGAUGAUAUUGAAGAGUUACCUGUUCCUGAACUUCCUCCUACCCCUGGGAUGAGUGAAAAACAUUUUUGUGACUCUCUGCAGUCUCCUAGAGAAGCUGCCAACCCUAGGAUGGAAGGGAAAGCUUCCUUAUUGGUCCUGGGGCAAGGAGAAGACCCUGGAUAUGAUGAUAUUGAGCUGGGCACCAUGUAG